AUGAAGGAGAACACUCACGACGACUCUAGUGAGAUUGAGAAUGUGGAUGGAGACGCACACGUCAACUUCGGAGCGUUCCUGGAGAACCUGAAAGCCGAUUUCCUGCGGAGCUUGAAUUUGUCCGAAGCCCCUUCGCAAGAGAAGUCCAAAGAGGAGCCGCCGCAGUUCAUGAUCGACUUGUACAACCGAUACACCAAGGACAAGUCCUCCAGCCCCAUCUCCAACGUGGUGCGCAGCUUCAGCCCCGAAGAUGUUUCUUCACUGGACAUGAAUCCACUUCAGAAAUACGUCCUGCUUUUCAACGUCUCCGUCCCCCGGUAUGAAGAAGUCAGCAGAGCGGAGCUAAGAGUCCACGUUGCCUGUCAGGAGGAAACAGCGUGUGCGUCUCACGUCCAAGGAAAACUGACAGUUUACGAUGUCCUCGAAGCAGAUCACUGGGAAUGGUCAGAAGGGACCAAGUCCUUCCUGGUCUCCAAAGAUAUCCAAGAAUGUGGCUGGGUGAUGUUUGAUGUCUCCACCACCGUGAAAAGAUGGGUCAGGAGAGAAAAGAUGAAGGCCAGUGACCAGCUGGACAUUUGGGUGGAGAGUCACGUGCCGGAUGACCCCUCCUGUGAGAAGUGGCGUCUCAGUGUCAUGCGUGACUCCAACCACUUGCCCUUGCUGAUCGUGUUCUCCAACGAUCAUAGCCACAGAAUCAAGGACAACCACAUGGAACUUCAGGAGAUGAUGGUGCAUGAACAGGAGGGCCCACGCGAGAAUGUAGGGAACGACAACACGUUUCACAGGCACAACGCCGUGUCCAGCAACGGAAUCCAUCGUCCUUCCGCCAGAAGCAAACGUAGCGUCGAGUUGAACCACUGCCGGAGAGCCUCCCUCCGGGUGAAUUUCAAAGAAAUCGGCUGGAAUUGGAUCAUUGCCCCCCAAGACUACGAGGCCUUUGAGUGCAAAGGGGGGUGCUUCUUCCCUCUGACGGAUAACGUCACGCCGACCAAACAUGCCAUCGUCCAGACCCUGGUGCACUACAAGAACCCCAAGAAAGCGUCCAAAGCCUGCUGCGUCCCGACCAAACUGGACGCCAUUUCCAUGCUUUACAAUGACGAUGCGGGCACGCCCACUCUAAAGUACCAAUAUGAGGGGAUGAAAGUAGCCGAAUGCGGCUGUAGGUAG